CUUAGUUCACAAUUUUUUACCUCUUUGACUUCGACUCCUUUUUGUUGUUGGUGUUUGUUCAGUAUCCUUCCCUGUGCUCGAUACAACCUACGGAAAUCUUUCUCUUGUGAGCCUUGUGAUUAUUUUCAUACAGCUCCUUUUCUGUCUCUCAGUUAGGUAGGCAAGAAUGUAUCUGUACGAGAACGACGAACGAUCGGUUUACGCAUGGAACUCUGUGGAUGUGGAGAUCAACGGUCUGCUGCAGCACGGUCAUGUCAUCGGCUUGGAAGAGAAGUCAGAGGGCGACAGCACUCCGCCGCGUGUGAUCGUGGAUUUCGGAUGCCCGUCCCAGCAAUCAGUGGCGGUGGGAUUCGGGAAGAUCUGGGACUGCUCUACCGAGCCAUACAGCAUCCCGUGCAAGGGAGACAAGGUGGAGGUGCUGCUGCAGGACGGCCCGCAUCGCCCAUGGGCAUGGUAUUCAGGGAAGGUGUUGAUCCGCAAAUUCAAGCACCUGCAGCAUGUGGCGCUAGUAGACGUCAUGAUAGGCGGUGCUUGGCGCCGCGAACUAAUUCCAGACCGCCAGAUUCGCGAUCUAACGGUAAGAGUGCUUAGAGCACCGCCUCUUGCAACGGACCAUUUCGUCAUGCGAACAUGCAGUGUGCCACACGGGUACUGGAUCUUGGACCGCAAACCGGCGGCGUUUAUGCUGCGCCUCAUGGAGAAGAGGUUCCAGCUGCGAUUCGUGAAGAUUCUCAGUCAGACGAUGCUCUAUUUGCGACGGCUGCGCGAGUCUCCUUUGGGUGAGGGACAUCGGUUUGACGAUCAUCCGGUGAAAAUAUUCGAACGAGAGUGGAAGAGAACUACAUUUUCCCCGGAAUGGCGCGAGGAAGCCGAAAGGGCCGAUGCCGAACCAAAGCGGAAACAGCCAUUGCGUGUCGGUGAAGACGGUUUGGCGGUGCCGUUGGGUGUGCUGAAGGAAAUCUUCCACUCACUGGACACCGUCGACCGGCAGCGCUGCCGACGCACCUGUCGGCUGUGGGAAACGCAGCUCACUUCGGCUGAGCUGUGCGAAAUCGUGCGCGUAUCGCGGCAGAAGGAGAGUUCCUCACGACCCGUGCAGUUCGAUUGUAAUUACGCCAUGUACGCCUGCAUCUUCAAGCACAUUACCCCGGCCGUCCACACCGUCUGCAUUCGCGACACCGAAACGUUUUUCCUGACCCGCUACACCAUGCAGGACGACACCGAUGAAGUAUUGGAUAUCAUUAAGAAACUCCUGGACGACGCCGGUCGUCGCCUCGAGCGGUUGAUCGUGCACCGCCGAUCAGUCCGCCUCGGAGAAUCAGCAUUUGAGCAUUGGAAACUGGGCGUGUUUGCCACCGAGAUUACCGCACAAAAGGCCAGACUGGGGGCGUGCUGUGACCGUUUGAUUUUUAAGGAUUAUGCCCUCGCAACUGAAAGUAAGGGCGGAGCGACCAUGAUGGAAUUCCGGGUUCCCAUUGUUGUCAUCCCCGAAGGACCUGUCGAUGAAGCGCAGAUUGUUGAUACGUUCGAGAAGCAUUUGCAGUGGAACGUGCCACCGCUGGAUGUAGACAGCUUUGCCCAGUGCAUGGCCGGUCUCAUCGACAGCAAGGAGCGAGCGAAGAAAGUGCUGAAGAUCCUGGAGGACUACCAGUCCUGCGAUCCGCGUCCGUCAGCACAUUACCGGGGAUGUCGGUGGAGUGCGGACGAUCUGACCGACAUGGACAUGGGUAAGUUGAACCGGUUCUGCUUGUACGCUUUAGCGCGCUACACGAAAGACUUGGGCGAAGCGCCCGGCGAAGACGCUGGGCAAUCCGGCGACUUCAAGAACGGGACCUGCGAGUCGAGUAGUGAUUCCGAUGAAAACGACGAUUCCGAUGAGUAAAAUCACUAAAAUGUUUUUGGACUGGUGUUAUACUUUGAGUUCGAAAUGGUUCCGAAUACUGGAUGUUUGUUUCGACAAGUUUGGUAGAAUUUCCGAUUUUUGAA